AUGCGGGCAGCGCAUGCAGACAACAUGCAAACACACACAGAGCCAGAUCCAAACAAGCACACACGGCCACAGGACACAGACCCACAAGCACACUGUCACUCCUUGAGACACACAGAAACCCUCACAAACACACCGACACACUCACAAACACCGACACUCGGAGCUCCCCGCUUCCCCCCGCACUUCCAGGCACCCCCCCCCCCCCCCCGGUGUCCCCGGGACACCCACCGCUCGAGCCGCCGCGGCACUGACCCCGCUGGGCUCGGACUCCGGCAGCUCGAGUACAGCCACCUCUCUGCUGAGCUCCCCGUGCCCGCCGCCGAGCCUGCCCCACUCGCAACAGCAGCAGCAGCAAAGUCCGGCGGCCGGCGGGGCUCCUCUCGGGCGCCCGGAGUCCCCGGAGCCCCCGCAGAGGCGUCCGGCGCCGGGAGCCCGCGGCCAGCCCUGCUCCCGCCUGCGUCACAGCCCGGCCCAGUCCCGGCCCCGCCUCCGGUCCCUGGCCCGCCCCCGCCCCGGUCCGCCCCCAGCCCCGCGGCCCCGCCCCCGCCGCGGUUCCGGGCUCCGGAGGCGGGCGGCGCCAGCCCGGCCGAGGGACCCCGGGCAGCCGAGCAGGAGAGACGCGGGGCUGCUGAGUGCCCCCUCCCCCCCGGAGCUCCGGGGCCGGACAAGGGGCGGGGGGCGAGGAAGGGCGCGGGGCUGGGCACAGAAGGCACCUACGAGCCACUGACAGCCUCCCCCGCCCCCCACCUCACUCUGACAUCAGGACCCCAGCCAAGCCCGUCCAACUUGGCCGGACCCGGAGCCAGAGAUCCCGAGCUGGGAGGGGUCUCUUGCUGCUGCCCCUCCCCCCCGUCCUGCCCCCUCUUCCCUCCUCCCUUUGUCUCCUCCUCUCUCCCCCCUUCCUCUCCCCCCUCCUCCUCCCUCCUCCUCCCCUUCCUCGGAGGCUAUCCAGUCUGGACCCUUUAUUUUGCAGAGGAGAAGAAUGCAGCCCGGAAACAUUCAGCGACUUACUCGCGAAGUCACACAACUCUCCAGCGUCCCAGGCAGGAUCUGAACCCAAGUCUUCCGGAUUGCCACGUCUGCUUGAGACAUCAGAGCAAGACAGACUUGAGUUGGACAUUUCCAGAAAAGGAGUUGUACUCUCAGGCCUUCGGGGCCUGUUCCCCACACCCAGCAGCCGCAUUUCCCGCCUCAUCUCCCAUCUCUGGACCUUUGCACAGGCUGCUCCCUAGGCCUCUUCACCCCCACUUCAGUUUCCAAGCUGUUCUCCUCCAAGCCCGGAAAUCAUUUUGUAUCUAAUCUUUAUGACUCAACAACCUAGGAGCAGAUAAGCUUGAUGAGGAAACUGAGGACGAGAAAGAUGAAGUGGCUGGUUCAGGGCUAUCCAGCUUGCUAGUGUCUGAGG